GUAUUUCCCUAUACAAAUCUUACAAGCCAAAAAAGAAAAAAUGAUGCUUGGAGAAACUCAUCGUCCAAAUCCAACCGUCCACGUACCACCUUGGCCUGAUCUUGACGAUGAUCAGACGGAUGUAGUUUACUCUCCUAUCCAUUACAAUGCAACCGACAACAACUUGAACAGUAACGGCAACCCGUUUUACCUCCAUGAAGCGUUAUCAGCUUUACAACGUUAUUUGCCAUCGAACGGCCCGGAUGUUGAGUUGGAUUCCGAGUUUCCGGGCUUGGAUAGUCCGGAUUCACCGGUCGAUGCUUAUUCCUGUGACCAUUUCAGGAUGUACGAGUUCAAAAUCCGGAGGUGUGCUCGUGGGCGGUCUCAUGACUGGACCGAGUGUCCGUACGCCCAUCCCGGUGAAAAAGCUCGUCGGAGGGAUCCGAGGAAGUAUCAUUAUUCGGGUACUGCAUGCCCGGAUUUUCGUAAAGGGAACUGCCGGAAAGGAGAUUCAUGUGAGUUCGCUCAUGGGGUUUUUGAGUGUUGGCUUCACCCGGCUCGUUACCGGACUCAACCGUGUAAAGAUGGGUCGGGUUGUCGUCGUCGGGUUUGUUUCUUUGCUCAUACUCCUGACCAGCUCCGUCUCGUAAGCUCUACUGAUACUUACGACGGUUCACCUUGUGGUAAAACGCUGACGUUUUGGUCUUCACCUGGUUCUGGCUCACCUCCGGUUAGUCCCCGUGCCGAGUCUUGCUCUUCACCUCCGGUCUCGCCGAUGGCUCAGUCGCUAAGCCGUUCUCUCGGUUCGGCUUCCAUUAACGAGAUGGUGACCUCUUUAAGGAACUUACAGCUAGGAAAAGGCAAGUCCUGGAAGACCCAAGUUGGCUGUUGCUCCCCUUCGUCACCUUCCAGUUUCGGAUCCCCCAGAGCAGCAAUGAUCCGACCCGGUUUCUGCAGCUUACCCAGUACUCCGACCCGAAACUUAACCCGUCCAGGUAUCAGCUACCCGGAUUCAUGGGAUAAAGCGUGUGAAGAAGAACCGGUAAUGGAACGGGUCGAAUCGGGACGUGAUUUACGUGCAAAGAUGUUCGAGAAACUGAGUAAAGAAAAUUCAUUGGAGCGGGUGAACCCGGAUCAAUCUUCCGGAGGUCCGGAUUUGAAUUGGGUUUCGGACUUGGUAAACUAAAAGUGAAACUAAAAUCCUUUUUUUUAAAUUAACUUUUAAUCUAUUUUGAGGUUUCUUCAUUGUGAAUAUAGCCUCUAAAAAAGGUUUAAAAAGAAGAAGAAGAAAUCUUAAAAUUCUAAAAAAGAAGAAGCUUAAGCUCUUUUUUUUUUUUUGUAUAGGGUAAGCAAGCAAUGGGGAUUAUUGUAAUGGUUGAUAUUGUGCUUUUUAUUAAGUAUUUUUAAUUAUGAUUAUCCAAGUUGCUAAUCUUUUUUAUUUGUACUAAAAAAUAGUGUAAUUAAAUAUUGUAAAAUUUUAGAGCUUAUGUAUGCUCUUUUAUGGUCCUUGCAAGUUAAUGCAAUCAAUAGUCUGCCAAAUUUUAGUGUUA